AUGCCAAGUAGGCGAGAAAGAGCAAGGGAAGGGCAGUCGGAUCGCAACCUCAGACUGGUGCACAAUAAUUUAAGCGUACGAGAAGAAGAGAGAGAAAAGGAAAGCCGCCGCCCUGUCAAAACAUGCGGUCGGUAUUGCAAGUAUCAUCAGAUGAGCUCGCAUUGGAUUGAAGACUACACGACCAUGAGAAAAAGAGUCGCUGAGUUAGCAGGAACCGACGAGUUGGAGCGAAUGGCCACAGAACGAUCAAAACCAAGAAGGCGUCAGGAGACUAAAAAACAACCAAGGCGGAGUUUCAGUCCAGAAAGAAGGCGCCACGUUAAUGAUCACCAAGAUAGGAGAGCAAGGUCGCCCCCAAAAGGCGAUCGGAACAGGGUGCCCAUAGGAGAAAUAAAGACUAUAGCGGGAGGUUUUGCUGGGGGUGGUAUUUCCACAUCCAGCCGAAAGGCUUAUGCACGGAAGGUAAGAUAUGAAGAGGUAUUCGUGGCGGAUAGAGCACACAAACAACCAAAGCUUAGCAAUGAACGAAUGGUGAUAUCCUUUGAAGAAACGGACAGGGAAGGAGUCCUGUAUCCAUAUGACGAUGCUCUAGUAAUAACUCUCGUAAUAGCCAAUUACACAAAUAGGCGGGUACUAGUAGACAAUGGGAGCUCGAUUGAUAUAAUGUUCUGGGAAGCGUUUGUCAAAAUGGGGAUUGAUGUUAGCAAACUGAGGGUCUCCCCUACGCCAUUAAAGGGUUUCUCAGGGGAUACUAUCCAGCCUGUAGGGGCAAUCACGCUUCCAGUAAUUGCAGGAAUGGGGACGCGAACAGCAACCACAAUGACCGAUUUUCUAGUAGUAAAAGCGCCUUCCUCUUACAAUGCUAUAUUGGGAAGACCGACACUCAACCAUUUGAGGGCGGUAACAUCCACCUACCAUCUCAAGAUGAAGUUCCUAACCGAUGGCGGCGUGGGAGAGGCAAGAGGCGAGCAGACCUUGGCUCGAGAAUGCUAUGUGCAAGAACUAAGGAAAGUAAAGAAGGAAGUCUGCAUUGUGGCAGGACAGGAUGGGGCCUUACUGCCCCUCCCACCACCUGUAGUGGUAACUUACGAGAGAGACAUAGAAGUCAGGGAUGACCGGGGUCAACAACAUGCAGAAGUCAACAAACCUCUGGAGCUCGUGACAUUAUACACUGACCACCCUGGGACUACUACCUGUAUUGGGACACAGGUCCCGCCAGCAGAUAGAGAAGCCUUGAUACAGUUGUUGGUAGAACACAGGGAUGUCUUUGCGUGGAGCCAUUAA